UAUUUCAGAAGAAAUCAGUGAAGUUGAAAAAAUUUUAAAUGAUAUGAAAUUGACCGAUAAAGGGAAGGAAAAGAAGGAAGAUUUAAAUAAUAAAAAGAAAAAUAAGAAUUCAAAGAAUCAAAAAAAGAAAUCGAAUAAAAUUAAACAAAAAAUAAAUGUAAAAUUAAUUGAAGAAAAUGAUGAAGAAAAAUUAGAAGAUUUAAAGAAAGAUGAAGAAACAAUUGAAAUCGUGAAGGAUCAUCAAAGCGUAAAUGAGACAGAAAAAGAAAUAAAAGAAAAUAAUUCUACGAAUGAAACAAAUACAAAUGGAGGAAUUGGUGAGGGCUGGAAGAUAAUUAACAAAAAAGAUAAAUCCAAAAAGAAGGAUGAGAUGAUGCCGAAAAAGGAAGAAAAAGAAAAAAUAAACAAAGGAAAGGAAAAAGUUUAUAAUUUUCCAUUAGAAUAUGCUUGGAAUAAUCAUAAGAAAAUAAAUUAUAAUAAAUAUUUGAAUGAAGGGAUGAAUGAGAAUCGAAAAGGAAAAACUAUUGAAAUUAAUAAAGAAAAGGAAAAAGAUAAAGGAAAUAAAACGGAAAAUAAAAACGAAAUUGCGGAGAACACAAAAAAUCCAGGAUUGAAUGAUUCGAGAAAUAAGAAUAUUCUAGAAAAUUUGAUAUUUUCAAAUUUCAACGAGUUUUCUCCAAAAAUCUUUUUAGAAGAAGAUGCAUUAAUUGAAGAAUAUAAAUCAUAUAUUUUGGACAAUAAUGAUUAUAAAAAAAUAAUUCCAGCAUUGAACAUUGGCAUUUUUGUUGUUGAACUUAAUAAUAGAUUGAAAUACCAAUUAGGAUUCAAGGAAAAAAAGAAUAAAAAGCUCACUGGAUAUUUAGGUUUAAGUUUAUAA